CUGACGCUUUCGGUGGUUCCCGCUGAUGUAGGAAAGCCAACGGUGAGAUUAGAGAAAGCUCCGAUUAUCGAAGGGAACUGCUACUGGGAACAUCCUAUUUAUGAGACUGUAAAACUAGUCAGGGAGCCGAAAAUGGAAAGAUAUAAAGAGAAAAUCUUCCAUUUCAUUGUGUCAACUAGAUCAUCAAAAUCAGGUGUUCUGGGAGAAAACUCGAUUGACCUUGCAGAUCUAGUUGAGGCUACUAAACCAUUGACAUUAUCUCUGCCUCUACAGACUUCAAACACUGGUGCAAUUUUGCAUGUCACAAUUCAGAAGAUGCAAGGAGAUCUUGAUUCAAGAUGUACUGACGAAAGUGAAGCACUGGUGGAAGAUUUUGACAGCUAUGGGAAAAGAAAUCUACGAUCUCCUGAAAAUGGAAGCUUUGGAGAUACUGGAUCAGAUAAUAAUGGUGUAUAUCAAAGAUCCCACACAGAUAUGUCAUUAGAUUGUGCUUCAGAUCGUAGUAUAAUUGAUAAAACAAACAGCUUUGACGAAACCAGUUCAAGAGAUGGGGUAGACGAAAAUUCCAUUGAUAUUAUUAGGAAGUUGAAAAAUCAAGUAACAAUGUUAGAAAGGAGGGCAGAAGUUUCAGAAUUGGAAGUACAAUCCCUUAAGAAGCAGGCUAUAAAGGAAAGCAAGAAGGGACAAGAACUAGUAAAGCAGAUUGAUUGCCUUAAGGAGGAGAGGGAUGCAAUUAUAACCCAAUGUGAACAACUCAAGUCCUUACAAAAAGGUAAUAAUGAUGAUGUAGUUUCAAGUGUUACAAAGAAAGAGACUGAAAAUUUGAGGACUUCACUUGAAGAUAUCAAGCAAGAACUUAGAAGUGAGAAGCAAUCUAAUAAAAAGUUGAAGCAGCAGCUGCAGAAGACAGAAGACUCGAACUCUGAACUUGUUCUAGCAUUAAGAGACCUUGAAAGAAUGUUGGAUAAAAAAAACACGGAAAUAUCUCAACUUUCUAGCAAAAUAAAGGCAAAUCACAAUGGCGAUGAGGCUCUUGCAAUAUCAUCCAAGAUAAAGAAAGAUUGGGAUCAAGAGAAGAAAGCAAAGGAUGACCAAAUAAACAAGCAAAGAAAUGCUGAUGAAGCAGAAAUGUUGAAACAAGAAAUUAAAAACCUCUAUUGCGAAAUAGAAGCCUGCAGGGAAGAAAAAGAAGAAGUUCAGAUGCAAAUGGAAAAGCUUACUCAGGAUUAUAAGAGUUUAGAAAAGGAAAACGAGGAUGUCUACUACAAUUUAGAGCAAUCCCAGAAAGGAAAAAUGGAAAUACAACAAAAUUAUUCAGAGUCCUUGGUCAAUGUAAAGCAGCUAAAACUCCAGGUAGAAAACUUGAAGGAAGAAGUCAAAAGGAAGGGACUACGACAUUCAGAAGCUUUGAAUAAAAUCAAUGAGCUUGAAACCCAGGUUAUGACCUUGCAGAAAGAACUGGAAAAGCAGGCACAUGGUUUUGAAGAUGAACUAGUAGUAGUAACUCAAGCCAAAGUUGAGCAGGAGCAAAGAGCCAUACAAGCUGAGGAGGAAUUAAGGAAGACAAGGUGGAAGAAUGCUGCAUCCACAGAGCACCUUCAGGAGGAAUUCAAACAGCUUUCCGUUGAAAUGGCAUUUAGGAUUGAUGAGAAUGAGCAACUUGCUAAUAAUGCAGUAGCAGAAGCUAAUGAUUUGCGGCAGCAAAAUAAAGUUUUAGAAGAAUUGCUCCAGAAAGCUGAGGAAGAACUUGUAAUGUCAAAAGAUCAAUAUGAAAGAAAAUUUCACGAGCUUCUGAACGAAAAUUCUGUAGGAGCAAAAGAAGCAUGUACUAGUGAAUCGGAGAUGCUACAGAAAUUGGUAGAAGAAAAGGAAGAUCUAGAGAGGGAACUCGCUUCAGUGAGAAAGGAAGCAGAAAAGCUGUCGAAGGAAUCAAUUUCCAUGCGGUCUCAAAUAGUUCAAAAGAAGAAAAUAGAUGAGAACUUGCAUUUAGAAUUGGAAAAGCUAAAACUUCAAUACAAUGAAAUGGAACAUCGUUCGAUUCAAUUAGAACUGGAGAAUGAAAGCAUGAAGAAAGAGAUGUCCAAAUUACAGGGCACCUUACAUAAGAAGGAACAGGAGUCUACACCAACUAAGCAUAUGAAUCACAGUGCUCUUGAAGGAAGAAAAAACAUGGGAGGAAAUUUAGGUUCUGCAGCAAUGAGAACAGUGGAGGGCCUUCCUACAUUGAAUGGAUUUGACACAGCUCAAAUUAUAAGUGGAGAAAUGAACCAAAGAACAAUGCUGAAAGUGAAUGGUGACCAUGCCGGUGAUAGUUGUGAUGUUUCCAGCUUAUUAAAUGUAGUAGAGUCACUGAAGGAAAGAAACAAAAACAUGGAAGACGAACUGAAAGAACUGCAAGAGAGAUAUUCAGAAAUAAGCCUCCGAUUUGCAGAGGUAGAAGGUGAAAGGCAGCAACUUGUCAUGACCGUACGGUGUCUGAAGAAUGGAAAGAAAAACUAGCCACUCUGGACAAUGCUAAAGGCCUGGAAAACUUUAGAGGUUCAAUAAAUGAAACAGCUAAGAAUAUUGCGAAGAAACUGGAGAUUUGCCCUGGCAAACAUCAAACAUACAUCUACAGUUCAUUUUUUACGAAGCCCUAUAACAUUUAUAUAAUUCAUUUUCCUCUAAUUCAAUGUCUUAAAGCAGUAAAGUUCAGUUAUUUGCAUCAAAUGGAUAACAGCA